AUGUCCGACUUCUUUGGCUUCAAUACGGUCAUGCCAGGCCGUCCGGGUAGUCGCAAAGUUAUGUUGAAUCCAGAUGAGCAACAGGAGCUGGAUCGUCAGGUUCAAAAGUAUGCUCUUGAGACUGGUGAGGACUUUGAAAUCUACGACUAUGGUGAGACGUACGACAAUUUAGCUGAUGGUCUGGAGGAGACCAGAGACGACCUCAAUGAUGAGACCUUUGGUGGUACUGGUGCUGGAACCGACUUUGACUUUGCCAGCAACACGCGCCAAAUCGCACCGGCUCUUAAGAAAGAAGAAGAACUCUACAUUAAGCAGAACGAGCAUGUCGGAGUUCGCCGCUCAUCUUUUGCUUCUCUCUGGGAGAACGAUGCUUCUGCUCAGCAGGACAGCUACAAGAAUGGUCUCCCUGAGCCAUCACAAGCUGCAUCGUCGAUCUGGGGCUCUUUCGGCAAUACGACCGUCAAGGGCAUGGAUGCUGGCGGACGAAACACUGGAUUUGUUCACGACCCGGUCUUUGGCGUAGGCACCUUUGCUUUAUCGCGCCCCUCAACUUUCGGCAAUCAGCCUAGCCUGGAAGAAAUUGAGGCGCAGCUAUUGAGAACUGCUGGAACUCAACCUCAAAUCCCUGCACAACAGGAGCGCAAGAUGAUGAGUUUGGAGGAGGUCGAGGCUGCCUUGAUGAGCAUUAACGGAGGGCGUCCCAUCUACACUGAGUCUGUGAUUGCUGAACAGCAGGCUAAGCAAGCUCGACUUGAGAAGCGCCGUGCCGAGAGACUUGCCAAACAGGCGGAAAUUGCGAAGCAUAAUGGGUUAAUGACUCAGAGCGACAAGGAUUUCAUCAACCGUAUUCAGAUUUCUCAGUUGGUUACAGAUGACCCUUACGCCGAUGACUUUUAUUGUCAAGUGUACACUGCUCUUCGCAACAGACAUCUUCAACAGAUGGGCAUACCUGGCAGUAUGAUGGAUUCAGGACAUCCCGACAACAGACGCCGAGGCAAUGGCCGAACAGAGCAGCGAAUGCAACAGCAAGUUCAGAGGAUCGUCAGCGAUGCUAAACGCAAUCCCAAGCGCACUAAUGUUACUGUGGAGGGUGCUCUCGGAAAGAUUGCUGUCAACUCUGUGCUCAAUCCCCGUCAACUCUUGCAGGUCUCGAAGCGUGGAUCUACCAAUGAUGUUUUAGCUGGAAACUUGCCCAAGCCUCCUUCGCCUGGGCCUGUCAGCACCAAGUCACACACUGUCUUGGGAUGGAUUGAGAACGUCUACACUUGCGUCCUAGCUCUGGAGCAGAUGAGACGACAACAGCCUCCUCCUCCUAGACCAGGCGAGGAAGAGCUUGCAAGAGAAGUUAUUCAGCAAUGGAACGAGGAAUAUGGAGAAUUAGCUCGCAAGAUGUGGAGAGAGCUUCGAAUCACUGUCCCUAUCAGCAUUGUUCAUCCCCAUCCCUUCAUCUCGAUUUUGAAUUAUUCCAAGGGAAAGAAAGUCAUUCCUCGCGUACUUCGCCAUUUGCUUCCUGAGCAGAUACUGACGCUGUUGACAAUGCUCGUUGCCAAUUUUGACUCGUUGAAUGUUUGCAAGUCCGAGAUCUAUGCAGAUGUGGAGGGUAACCAGGAGAUUGAGCUGUUCAUGAAUACGAUUGUGCCGCCUCUACUGGGAUUUGUCUCCGAGGCACCCUUCAGGAUUGUUGUUGGGCUUUUGGCAUUGUUCAUUGAGCGCAACAAUAUGAUCUGGGUGGCGAGAAGCAGACCAGGUUUGGCUUUUUUGACAUUAUUCUUGACCCGUGCAGAGAUUCUGAAACAGGGACAUAGUAAUUAUCCUAUUCCGGAUGAACGCGAAAUUGAACAAUGGAACGAGCUUUAUAAUCGACUUUUCAGUCAAUUGCAGACACAUUUCGCCGCGCUAUUCAUGCCCAAGGCCACCAUGGCAGAAGAUGUUCACGUAUGGCGGUUUUUGGCAGCCAUGGCUGUGGGUGCCUCGGUUGAGCAACAACAUGUUCUUGUAACCGAAGUUAGAGAGCAAGUUUUGGAUAAUGUAAUUGCAGCGCAGACAUCGCGCUCUGCUCCUGAGAAGGCAGCACAGAGGAUUGGAAAUGUCAAUCUAUUUUUGCACGCUUUGGGCUUAGAUGCCUCUCAAGUUACCGUCCCGGCCAUGUAA